ACCUGUGGACUCUGCACAUCGGUUGCUUCUGGGAUCACAAAACGCUCCGCAAGACUCGGCUAUUGUGGUCUCUUUGGAGUUUCGCUUGUUCUUUCAUGGGUUCUCAGAGAAAUUGGUGCUCCUCUUUUGAAGCAAUUCCCAUCUUGGCUGCAUCAGGUGGUAUCAGAGCUGCCUUGAUCCGUUCAGAUUCUGCUCAAGCAUGGCUCCCCGAAGAGGUGGCAGAAAUGCUUCACGAUCUAACGCUGCAGACCCAAGUGAAGAAGUGAAUGAAUUAAGGAGGCAAGUUGAGAUUCUGACACAACGUUUGGCUCAACUGGAGUCAGCCAACCACGAUGACCAUGAAGAAUUUGAGACAGGAAGCACGUUUAAUAAUCCUUUCCACAACCAGAGUCCUCGACAAGAAGCACCAGUUCGAGAAAAUCGUAGGUGGGAUGGACAUUUUAAGAUUGAAAUUCCAGAAUUCAGUGGUAGUAUACAAGCUGAAGAGUUUGUUGAUUGGCUGAAUACGGUGGAGAGAAUCUUCGAAUUCAAAGAAGUGCCAGAAAACAUGAAGGUGAAAUUAGUUGCCAUUAAAUUGAAAGGAAGGGCUUCUGCUUGGUGGGAACAACUAAAAUUGAAGAGGGAAAGACGGGGGAAAAGUAAGAUCGUUGAUUGGGAAAAGAUGAAAAAGAAAUUGAAGGAAAAUUUCCUACCACAUAAUUAUGUGCAGGCUAUGUUCCAACGUCUUCAGAAUUUACGCCAAGGAAGCAGAUCAGUUGAUGAUUAUACCGAAGAAUUCUACCAAUUGAUAUCCAGAAAUGAUUUAUCUGAAAGUGAGGAGCAGUUGGUUGCACGUUACUUGGGUGGCUUACGUCUAAAUGUCCAAGAAGCACUUGACCUACACAAAUUCUGGUCAGUUUCUGAGGUGUACCAGGCGGCUUUGGCAGUUGAAAAACGUCAAAAUAAGCCUAGAUUUUGGAAUUCUCAAAGCCAAGACAUGACUGCCAAUCAGCGAUUUAGCAUUGAUAAUCAGGCUAAAGGCUCUCAAAACACAACUAUGCCAAGAAAGAAUAUGUCUGAAUCUACUACCCCGCAAAACAAGAGCAAAGGAACUGGAUUAAAAUGCUUUAAAUGCAAUGAACCAGGCCAUACUUCAGCUGCAUGUAGACGAGAACGUGGAAAACAACUCAUGAUUGGGGGCGAAGAACAUAGUCAAAGGGCUGAAUACGAGGAAGAACCGAUAUACGACACUGAGCCAGAGGAAGAUGUUUUGUACGGAGAUGUUGGAGAGUCUCUGGUAAUCCGCAAAGCCUUGUUGUUACCAAAGGAAGAACCUAAAGAAGACUGGCUACGAAACAACAUCUUUCACACAACGUGCACUAUUGAAGGUAAGGUUUGCAAGUUAAUUAUUGAUAGUGGCAGUUGUGAAAAUGUUAUUUCUCGUGAAGCAGUUGAUAAACUGAAGUUAAAACAAGAAAAGCAUCCAAAACCAUAUAAGUUGUCUUGGUUCAAGAAAGGAAACGAGGUUUCCGUUGAUACUCGCUGCCUAGUUUCAUUUUCAAUUGGACGCAAGUAUUUUGAUAAUGUGUGGUGUGACGUGGUCAAGAUGGAUGCAUGUCAUAUACUCCUUGGUAGGCCAUGGCAGUAUGAUCGCAAUGCUAUUCAUGAAGGCAAGAAAAACACUUACACUUUCUGGAAGGAUAACAUUAAAGUUACCCUAGCACCUAUGAAGGAUAAAGUUUCUGCCGAAGGGAAAAAAGAAAAUGGCGAUAACAUGCUAUCCAUUACCAAUUUCAUGGAGAAAGCUGAAGAAACUGGAAUUUUCAUGGCAUUAGUAAUGCGUGAAGUGCAGCCACCUACGCAAGUUCCAGACUUUAUAAAGCCAUUGCUUGAAGAAUAUAAAGAUUUAACACCGGAAGAAUUACCACCUGGUCUACCUCCUAUGAGGGAUAUUCAACAUCAAAUUGACUUAAUUCCAGGUUCUAGUCUUCCCAAUAAACCUGCAUAUCGCAUGAGUCCAAAGGAGCAUGAUGAGUUGCGAAGACAAGUGGAGGAAGCAAUUGCGAAAGGUCUAAUCAGAGAAAGUUUAAGUCCAUGCGCAGUCCCCGCAUUGCUAACCCCAAAGAAAGAUGGCACGUGGCGCAUGUGCGUGGACAGCCGCGCAAUUAACAAAAUAACCGUGAAGUACCGCUAUCCAAUACCUCGAUUUGAAGAUUUAUUGGAUCAAUUAGCCGGGGCAAAGAUAUUCUCGAAGAUUGAUCUUCGCAGCGGUUACCAUCAGAUUCGCAUUCGGCCAGGAGACGAGUGGAAAACUGCAUUUAAAACCCGAGAUGGCUUGUACGAAUGGUUGGUGAUGCCAUUCGGGUUAUCUAAUGCGCCUAGUACAUUUAUGCGUGUCAUGAAUCAUGUCUUGAAACCUUUUCUCAGAAGGUGUGUUGUUGUUUACUUCGAUGAUAUAUUAAUAUACAGCCCCACUCUCGAAGCUCACAAACAAGACCUUAAAGAAGUGUUCGAAAGCUUGAGGCAAGAAAAGCUAUACAUUAACUUGAAGAAAUGUAAUUUCGCUGUGCACAGUGUACUAUUUUUGGGGUACAUCAUUUCUGAUCAAGGAAUUAAGGUCGAUCAAACUAAAGUCCAAGCUAUCCUAGAUUGGCCUACUCCGCGAACAAUUCAUGAGGUGCGCAGUUUUCAUGGUUUGGCCUCCUUCUAUAGGCGAUUUAUAAGGAAUUUCAGCAGCCUCGUGGCUCCUAUAACAGAUUGUAUAAAAUCUGUGAAAACACUAAGUUGGACGCAAGAAGCUGAAGAAAGUUUUCAACUAAUUAAAAGGAAAAUAUCAGCGGCGCCAGUUCUUGCAUUACCUGAUUUUGACAAAGUAUUUGAGGUUGACUGCGAUGCAUCAAAGGUGGGCAUAGGUGCUGUCCUUAGCCAAGAAGGACGUCCUAUUGCAUUUUACAGUGAAAAACUUACUGGUUCGCGCUGCCACUACUCAACAUACGACGCAGAGUUUUACGCUAUUAUUCAAGCACUUAAGCAUUGGGAGCAUUACCUGGUUCAACGAGAAUUUAUCCUUAACUCUGAUCAUGAAGCAUUGAAGUUUAUCAAUAGCCAACAACAUUUAAGUCAAAGGCAUGCCAAGUGGGUUAGCUUCUUACAAAGAUUCACUUUCACAAUCAGGCAUAAAGCAGGCAUUCAAAACAAAGUUGCAGAUGCUUUAAGCAGGAAAGCUUCAUUUUUAACAGAAAUGAGAGUUGAGGUUGAAGGAUUUGAUACAUUUAAGGACUUGUACGCGGAUGACAAGUUUUUCGGACCAAUAUUUCAAGCAAUACUUCAAGGUGAGCAUUCUGAAUAUCAACUUCAAGAAGGAUUUCUUUUUAAGGGAUUACAACUUUGUAUUCCUGAAUGUUCAUUAAGAGAAAAGAUAGUGAUGGAGAAACAUGCUUUGGGUCAUUUUGGACGUGACAAAACUGUUGCAUUAAUUGAAAAUAAGUAUUUCUGGCCAAAAUUAAAAAGGGAUGUCACACGACAUGUGGAAAGAUGUCAUACAUGCCAGAGAUCAAAAGGUGGUUCCACAAAUGCAGGGCUAUAUACUCCACUUCCUACUCCUUCAUUUCCAUGGAAUGACGUAAGCAUGGAUUUUGUCGUUGGUUUACCUCGCACGCAAAAACGAACAGAUUCUGUCAUGGUAGUGGUGGAUCGAUAUUCAAAGAUGGCACAUUUUGUGCCUUGUCGAAAGGCAAUGGAUGCUUCACACGUAGCAGAACUUUAUUUCAAAGAGAUAUUUCGUUUACACGGUGUUCCACGUUCUAUAACUUCUGAUCGAGAUACCAAGUUUAUGGGACACUUUUGGAGGACUUUGUGGAAGAAGAUAGGGACAGAGCUGCGUUUUAGCACAGCAUAUCAUCCUGAAACGGAUGGCCAAACUGAGGUGGUAAAUCGUAGUUUGGGUAAUCUUCUUCGAUGUUUUGCUGGGGAUAAGCCUAAACAAUGGGAUUUGGUGCUACCCUUUGCUGAAUUUGCCUAUAAUAAUUCAAAAAAUCGCACUACACAAUUAAGUCCGUUUGAAGUUGUUGGAGGGCUGAGUCCUAACACUGUUCUUGAUUUAGCUCCCAUUCCUAAUCCGAAGAAAGCAAGUGCAAAAGCUGAAGAAAUGGUUGAACGUAUAAAGGAAAUACAUGAGCAGGUGAGGGACCACAUUGAAGCAAGUAAUUUAAAGUAUAAAGCAGCUGCAGAUAUUCACCGACGCAAGGUUAUUUUUAAAGAAGGAGAUAAUGUUUGGGCUGUCCUGACUAAAGAUAGGUUUUUACCUGGAGAGAACCAUAAGUUGCACGAUCGGAAGGUUGGUCCAUGUAAGAUACUGAAAAGAGUGAAUGACAAUGCUUAUCAGCUGAAAUUACCAAGUCACAUCAAGUCUUCUGAUGUAUUUAAUGUUAAGCACCUGCUUCCAUACAAAGGAGAUGUUUCUGACUAAAACUCGAGGACGAGUUUUUCGCAGCCAGGGGAUGAUGAUGCAGAUUCUAGAACAAUCUCAUACUAUUGGGAAUAUUCUGGAAAUAUUAUAUGAAUUUGAAAGUAACAUUAUCUAGAAUAUAUAAUUAAUGAAGUGUAUUAAGUAGGUAUUAUGGGGAAUUGCUAAGGUCUAUAACUUAUAAAGUGUAUCAACUAGGUAUUAUGGGGAAGUGCUAAGGUCUAUAAUUAAUAUUUGAGGUACUAGAAGCUUCAGGAGUGGAUGGUCAACAGUUUAUUGGGGACUAUAUAUAUCCCAGAUUGUAAGCUGCUAAGGAUCAAUGAAUGAUAUUUAGAUUUUCCCUAUAAUUUCUCUAGCAACUUCUAUAGUUUGCUGUGUUUUAAUCCCUAUAUUCAGUUUUCUCCUUCAACUCCUAUUUCUACUCCCUAGCUUGGCUGCAUCAGUUAUAUAUCAUUUUAUUCACUGGUUAUCAUUUGAAUAACUAAAGUCAUAAUAAAUAUCAAAUAAGUACCUCUAGAUAUGGGCUCGGGGAGUAAAAUUACUUAUUGUAAUUAAUAUGAAUUUUACUCCCUGAACCCAUUUUCACAGAUACAUGUUUGAUAUUUCUUAUGACUUUGGUGAUUCAAAUGAUACUCCAUACAUUCAAAUGAUACCGCGUUGAGAUCCGGCAAUGUAUGACCUCCACUUCAGUCUCCACUUUGAUAUCUAACCCUAUUGGUAUAUGUUUGUGUGUAAGCACUAUAUGAUCCCUUAAUUUAUGAUUUGUACUUCUUUUGUAAACUUAUAUCAAUAAUAUUGAAUCACUUUGUAGCUCUUUUUUGGGGUAUGACAUUAUAGUACUGUUGUUUCAUUAGUAUCAGUUUGGAUAUUAAUACAAUAAAAAUUAACUAAAUAAUUGAUUAAGUUUAAUCCUUCACAUAAUAGUUUCUUGUAGUAAUUAAGUUAUUAGAGUUUAUAAUCUUGUGAAAUUUACGCGGUCUGUAUGAACAACAUGUUCUUUUUUCUUUUCUUUUUUGGCUACUUGCUUGCCAUAAAUUUAAGAGCUCCACAUUUUGAAGAAGUUGCAACUGAAGAUGAAAAUAGAUGUGCUUGUACACAGUCCCAUACAAGUCCUCCAUAAUUCACUUUGUCAUUGGGUUUUCUAUCAAAGUGGUCACCAUUGGAACCAAAAAACUCACUUGGACCACCCAUCUCAUCGGGGUCUCAUUUAAACCACUAUGAACAACAUAUAUAUUAUGCCAUUAUUUCAAAAUUUAAAGAAGUGAUGGAAAACGUUAUAAAAUUAAAAAAAAAUCUGUUAGUCUUUUACCAAACGACUAUAUUUACCAAGUUGUAUCUCCAUUUCAUUUCCACAUGGCAGCUCAGUCAAACAGAACUAAAUAUAACUAAAUCACAGAUAAAUAAUUAAAUCUAACUAAAUAAUAUAAAUAGGAUGAUUAGAGUCAUAAACCCUAAUAUAGCCUUUGUCUGUAGGACAUGUCAGCAAAGUAGUCAAGCAAAGUAGUCAGAUGUUGGCCAUAGAGACUUUGGACACAUCAACAUCUCCAUUGGGUUUUUUGAAAAAACUGGUUUUAUAUCAAGUAAGCCACUCAUCUCGUCAAAAAGUCUCAUGUAGAACAUAGAUAUUUUAUAGUGAUUUAGACUUUUAAAUGAGUCGCCAUGGAGACCUAUAUUUUACUUGAGACUUUUCCACGAGAUGAGUGGCUUACUUGAUAUAAAACCCCUGAAAAAACUAACAGUGUGAUAUAUAUGUUGUUUAUAGUGGUUGAAAUGAGAUUCUUAUGAGAUGGCUGGUCUCAUUGAGAUUUUUGGUUCUACAUGUGGCCACUUUGAUACAUAACCUUUUUGUCAUUUUAUAUUGAAUAGAAAAGGCAAGAAAAAUGAAAAGUGAAAAAAUACUUUUUUUUCUUUCUUUUUGUAAAAAUGAAUCUGUCAAUCUGUGUGAUUGUCAGUCGAGCCAUUUUUACAUGAAAGACCCCUGUUGCAUUAUCUGAAGAGGAUAUGUCAUGGGCAUAGUUACCCGGUUCGCGGUACGGUCUAUGGAUCUGCGAACUGGUUCGCUCGUACCGGAACACGGGUCGAAGUCGACCCGGAUCGGCCGGGAUCGCGUUCCAGUUCGUCAUUUCCGGCGAACCGCAGAUGCUUACUUCGACGACCGUAAAAUGAGGAAGAAAGAUAGAAAAUCGAUUUGGGCUGUAUUGUUUUGAUGAUCUGUGAUGUGUAUAUGUUUGUGUAUAUUUGUUUGCUUAAACUCAUGAAGAAGAUGAAGUGUGAAGAAGAUGAGAGACGUGCAUGUGAAACUGUGCAAGUGUGUAUGUGUGCAGCUGUACAAGUGAAUAAGUGAUAGACAGCUGUAUCUUUUUCUCUA